AUGUGUUCGCAAGCGAGGAGAGUCGCAAGUGAUCGAAAUGAUCAACCUGAUGCUGUGAACAACCUGAUCUUCUUCUUCGCCCUCAAAGUGCAACUAGUCCAGAGCACAGCAAACAUCCAACUGACAGCUCCAGACGGCUUCGUCUUCUCUGAUGACUGUUCAGAAGGUUUCUUUGUGUCCGAAGAUGCUGUUUUUGGAAGUGGGCAGACAUUUCCCACUGGCUUUCAUGCACUUCCUGCCGGGUCAACCGUGCAGUGCAUCGGCAGGGGGGAGGUUGCAGAAGCGACCCUGGCGCCAGCCUUGCUCGCCGCCAACACCAAGUACGCCUUCCGAAUUCGAGUGACGAAUCCACCGGUGCCACCAUCCUUGAACCCUACCUGGAGCUUCACCCUGGCAAAUGAAGCAAGUGAGCUUUUCGAUUCCUUCCCACUCUGGCAGAUCCAGGGACUCUUUAUUCCAACAGCAGUGCCGGCUUCCGACGUGAAUGCUCAGGCUCGUUUUGUGGCUGCAGGGGACUGGGGAAGCCUCUUAUCUUGGCUUCUAAGUCGUGUAGAGCUACAGUCCUCGUAG